AUGGUGUCACAGGUUUCGUUAUUAGACUGUGAGCUUGCCCUCGGUCCUCAUAAUCCGCCGAACGAGGAUGGUCAUACCAGUGUGCCGUCAGCCUCUCAAGAAAAUGUUGCUCCACAGAUGCCUGUUAAGAAGCCGAGGCAGUGGGCUGCUUGGACUCGUGAUGAGGAAGAAAGCUUUUUUGCUGCUCUACGACAAAAUUUUGAGAAAAUCACUUGCCGUGUCCAGAGCAAAAACAAGGAUCAGGUUAGGCAUUACUACUAUCGUCUCGUGAGGCGGAUGAAUAAAUUGCUGGGCCCUGAACUUUCCCUUGAUGCCAAAAACUCAAAAGACACCAACGCCGCUAUGCUUCGAUGGUGGUCAUUAUUGGAAAAAUACAGCUGUAAACCCUCGAAACUCCAUUUGAAACCUCGGAGAUUCAAGAUAUUUGUGGAAACUCUGGAGAAUCAACUGAUGAAGGACCGUAAAAAGAAUACCAAGAAGCGGCUUUCAACUGGAGAAAAUAAUCCUCCUGUUUCAAGCGUGCCAACCUCAAAUCAGGUCAGACCACCAGGGCAUGAUAACCGUUCGGUAAAAGCAGUUCUUGUCGACAGCCAAAACAUUCCAAAAGUUGGAACCGGAAAAGGAGCUUCAUUGAAGCGCAAUAUGCCUAUGGAAACCGGUCGUAACAAUUGCAAAAUCGACCCUACUUCUGCCAAAACUGCAAAACUACGGAGGAAAACAGGACUUGCAUCAGCAGCUGCAUAUAAAAGAUGGGAAAAGGCGGCAAUUGCUGGGGUUUCAUUGGUUGCUGAUGCUGCUGAACAUUUGGAAAAAGUGGACACCAACAAAGGAGGAGUGAAUUUUCAGGAAACUCCAGGACAUGACGGCUCUAAACUUGUUCCGGAAGUGGCACAACAGACGUCUCCAGAGAUCAAGUCCAAUGAGAAUAAUAGUAAUAACUCCAUGAAAUUAAAGCUCCAAUUGUUUCCGAUUGAUGAAUGUACCCGUAAAGCCUUAGAAAUGGAUAAUCGUAAUCCACAUCUAGAGCUAACUUUGAGUACGCGAAAGAAAAUAUCAUCCAUAUUGGAACAUCUGAAUCGCAAAUGGGGCAGCUCAAGCUCAUCAAAUCAGGAGUUAAUGCUUUUACCUUACUGGGCACAGAGAGAAAACCUUGUGGGCUACCAGAAGUGGACGAAGGACUCUAAUCUUUGUGCAGCUGAUGUUUAUUACUCAAUUGGUAGCCCUUUAACUUUUCGCCUCAGAUAUGGAUGGUUUUCGAAAGCUGAGAUUGAAGCUGCAACUGCUCAAGUAUUGUCUUUUGCCAAUACUAAAGAGCAAAAUACAAACAUUAGCACAGCAAAAGAGAAGAAUGCCGAAACUGAAUCUCCAAACGGCCUCUGUGAUAAUCAGUUUGGUUCUGCCGAACGAAUCAUUAACAUGACACCCUCAUGUACACCGACUCCGAUUAAGGUAGCUGACUGUAGUUUUUCACUUAUCAACAAUAAUGCUUCCGGACUUUCAUCACUUGGAAAAGCUAGUGAAGAUUUAGCAGUUAUGAGACAAACUGCGAACAUGAAGGAUAUGCCUUUGUCUGCUGGUGAGUGGGCUGAUAGUCUCACCAAUAUAAGCAUGGGCGAACUUUUGUCCGAAUCCGAACACAACAUAGAUGCCAGCUGUGCCAAUUUUUCAAACCCUCGUGGUUCCAACUGUUUCCAGCAGAUCCCUUUCAGUUGCGAUUCCUUUGAUGCUGCAAUUGCUGCCCACAUUUACAAGCACCAAGUAAGAGUUGAGUCACAGCCGAGUCAAAGCCAAGGCAAUGGGUUCCAAGUACCAUCCAUUUGGGAUGGCGAGGAGACUUGCGAUGCCUUUGCUUUCAAGAAAACGAGUUCAUUUCACGAUAAAGACCCAAAUGCUACUUGCAUGGAUAGCUCUGUAGAGGUGUUCGAGCCUGCUAGAGUUGCAUGCCCGUUGGCGCCUCACAAGGAAGUCGAGGAGUUGCCCCAUGUGGAAAUAUUGCCAAAUAGUGAUUACUUAAUGGAUGAUGACUGUGGAGCCAAUCUUCCUUUAGAGAGUUCUACCAAGAAUUCAGAUGAGUUGCUUGAUGGGGGAAAAUCGACAAAUAAUGGUGACUUGAUUGAUGACGACUGUGGAGCCGAUCAUCCUUUAGAGAAUUCUACCAAGGAUUUAGGUGGACUCACAGAUAUAUAUUGGCCUGAAUCGUUAGGACCGUUAGAUUUGGACAUAACCCCAUGUAGAUACAAUAACAAUGAACUAAUACUUAGCGACAGCCUAGGCGGGUUGAACCGCCUCAUAGCAAACAGUUUGGACGGGUUUCAGAGCUGUUCGUUCUUUGGCCUAGACAAGAAAGGAGCUUCAUCCUCAUCCGAAGCUCGACAAAGUGUUACUUUCUCGAAUUUCAAAGUCGGCAGUGAGGUUUGA